UAUAAGCUCAACAAAUAUCCCGACAGACCUUAUAUAAAGUUCAUGUCAGAAAACUAAGAGUGUCCUUAUAUAAAGCUUGUGCCUAAACACUGAGUGAACAAAACUCCAAAAUUACCAGCCAUGGCUGCUUACCCACAAGAGGCGAACAACGCCAUCUACCCUUCUGACCAUGGCUUCGACUCAAGCAAGACCGACAGCAAAGACAAAAUUGACCAUGAGAAGGCCACUGGUCCCGAUCUGCGGUCUGGGAAAGUUGCGGACAAUGGCUUUGGUGGUGGUGAGGGCAGCAAAAACUUCCGCACCAUGACCAAGUGGGAUACCGUCUUCGCUCUGCUCACUAAUCAAGUUGGUUUGGGCGUGUUGUCGCUUCCUGGCGUGCUCAAAGUCUUUGGAAUCAUCCCUGGCAUCAUCGCCAUCAUCGGUAUUGGAUGCCUCUCAUGGUAUACCGCCUUCGAACUCAAGCAGUUCUACAGCCGCCACCAGCAUGUCCUCAACGUUGUCGACAUGGCCAAGGUAGUCGGAGGUCCUACCUUCGAGGUUGUUGCUGGAAUCGGUCUGCUCAUCCAGGUCAUCAUGACCGCCGCCUCCGCCUCCGUCACCCUGUCCAUCGCCUUCAACACCAUCUCCGGCCACUCGCUGUGCACCGUCGGCUAUAUUGGCAUCGGCUGCCUCGGCUGCUGGGUUCUCUGCGCGCCCCGUACCGCCAAGUUCGUCUCCCAGAGCGGUCUGCCCUGCUGUAUCAGUGUCAUCGCCGCCGCCCUCAUCGUCAUGAUCAGCCUGGGCGUCAGCAACCCUACCGAUGCUCCCCCCAACUGGGACAAGGAGAUCCUCAUUGUCGGCAAGCCUAGCUUCCGCGAGGGCCUCAACGCCUGCCUCAAGAUCUGCUACGCUUACUCCGGAAACAUCAACUUCGUUUCGUACAUGGCUGAGAUGAUUGACCCUGUCAACGACUUCAACUUUGCCCUGGCUUGCCUCGAGGUGUCGUCCAUUAGCUUCUACACCAUCGUCGCCAUUGCAAUCUACUGCCUUGCUGGCGAGUACACUGUCUCGCCUGCCCUGGGCUCUGCUCCUCACGUCACCGCCCAGAUUGCAUACGGCAUUGUGCUCCCCGCCGUCUUCUCGACCGGUCUGGCUUUCGGCCACACCGGUAUCAAGUAUGUCUACGUCGAGGUCAUGAAGCGGUCCAAGUUGACCCACGAGAUGACUGCCAACACUGUCCGCUCGUGGUCCAUCUGGAUGACCAUUGUCACCGUCUUCUGGGUCCUCUGCUUCCUCCUCUCCAACGCCAUCCCGGUCUUCGACUCCAUCCUGUCCAUUGCCUCCGCCACCACCAUCUCCUGGUUCACCUUUGGCCUGAGCGCCAUCUUCUGGCUCCACAUCAACUGGGAUGUCAAGUUCAACGGAUGGAAGAAGACCACCCUGGCUUGCAUCAACUUCUUCCUCAUCUUCAUUUCCCUCUUCAUCAACGGUGCCGGCCUGUGGUCCUCGGUCACCGAGCUCAUCGACCUCAUGAACUCCGAUGACAGUUCAGUGCAGGGCGUGUUUGACUGUGGCGAUAACGCCUUGUUCUGAGCCUACCAUUUAGCACACCGGCCUUUUCCUAUUUUCCCCUGAGAUAUUGCGCACAGCCAUUUCCAAGACUGAGCGAUUUUACUAGUGUAUGAUAUGUGUCAUUCGGUCGGGUUCCGACCAAAGUGUUAUAUAAGAGAAUUCAAAUAGUGGUUCCACACGAUCAUCGUUGUGCCCAGUCGUCGUGUUGUGCCAUUUCUCCACUGUUCAGUGUAACCCACAGGCGUUCUUGCAACAAUUGGGUCACAGGCAUUCCGCAGAGCAGUCGGAAAUCCACAAAGUGACCGAAUUGGCAGUGCCAAGAGAGCGGCGGUAGUGGUGGGUCAGUUUCACGCCUUGACGUUAGGUGCAAUCUGGUGGGAUCGGAUGGAGCCGCCAAGGAGCCGCAAAAGA